AUGAGAGAUAGUCCUUGUUGGUUUUAUGAAACGAAGCACUUUUGGAUCGAUUAUCCCCAUUAUUUACUUACACCACUUGUAAAAUCUUAUUACCUCAUUCAAUUCGCUUUCUGGCUUCAACAAAUAUUAGUAUUAAUACUUCAACUUGAGAAACCUCGAAAAGAUUUUCUUGAAUUGGUGGCUCAUCACAUAAUAACAUGUUUAUUAAUUAGUGGGAGUUAUUUAUUCAAUUUGACACGAAUUGGAAAUGCCGUAUUUGUGUCGAUGGAUUUCUCGGAUAUUUGGCUUGCGCUUGCGAAAAGUAUGAAAUAUAUGAAAUUUCCAGAAAGAGUUACAGAUGUGAUGUUUGUAUUUUUUAUGAUGACAUGGGCUUAUACGAGACAUUAUUUAUAUGGAUGGAUUAUGUAUUCCACAUAUUUUGAAUCAUGUGCACCCGAAAAUAAUGAAUGUAUUUGGGAUCCUUUAAGAGGUUAUUGGGUUACCUGGUGGACAAAAUAUAUUAUUUUAUUAGGAUUAACUUUAUUACAAAUCCUUAUGAUUUAUUGGUUCUGCCUCAUUUUACGAAUUGCGUAUAGAGUUGUUUCUGGAAAGAAUGCCGAAGAUACUAGAAGUGAUACCGAAGAUGAAGAUACUUGUAUUUCACCAGAAAAUCCUACCAACACUAAAAAAAAUGAUUAG